ACCCCAACCCAGCCUCAUCUGCCUCAGCUCAAGCUCCACUGCUUCCACCACAAUCGUAACUUCUCACAACGCCCGCCAAAAUGCCUUUCACCGGAAGCGACAUCAUCAAGAUCAUCUUCGCCAUUGUCCUCCCCCCUCUUGGUGUCUUCCUUGAGCGCGGUUGCAAUGCCGACUUCCUCAUCAACAUCCUGUUGACCAUCCUGGGUUACAUUCCCGGUAUCAUCCAUGCGCUGUACAUCAUCUUGAAGUUUUAAGCGCCGCGGUCGACACUCGUCGGAUACUCCCUUCGAUACCCAUUUCCUUUUCUUUCGUGUUCGGUCCGUCGCACAUCCGGUGCUGGGCAGCAUAAUCACCCGGCGUUGUCUGGUCGUCCCUGGCUUCUCUGCGGAUAAUCUUGAACGUUAAUUGCGACUGCACGCCAGUAUUCGGCAACUGUUCGGAUCGAGCUUCUACGUAGCGAUGACUCCUGAAUGAUAUUCUGUACCUGAUU